AUGAUGAAGAAGGAAAACAUUUUUAACCAACAAGUGUCCACCCCUAUGAGGCCGUUCUAUUUUUAGUAUCAGCUGUUGCAAUAUAAAGAUUUGCUACAUAGCGGAUUGAAUCGCGGUUAUGUGAGGCGCAUUCCGGUCACAAAGGUAAAAUGAUGGCAAUGAUUUGAGGUAACGGACAGAGAGAGGGAUGAGGAAUAUUUGUGUGUGAAGUGGUUGCUGGAGCGUUCUUUCACGGCAACGGAUAUCAUAUAAUAUUGGUAUAGCCAGCUGCCUGUCGUCAUGGCAACCAGCAGCGCGGUUCCUAGCGACAACCUCCUCACGUACAAGCUGGUGGUGGUGGGGGAUGGUGGAGUGGGGAAGAGCGCUCUCACCAUCCAGUUCUUCCAGAAGAUCUUUGUGUCUGACUACGACCCAACCAUUGAGGACUCCUACCUGAAACACACAGAGAUAGAUGGACAGUGGGCCAUCCUGGAUGUGCUGGAUACGGCAGGCCAAGAGGAGUUCAGUGCUAUGAGGGAGCAGUACAUGAGGACGGGGGACGGCUUCCUCAUCGUGUUCUCUGUGACAGACAAGGCCAGCUUUGAACAUGUGGACCGCUUCCACCAGCUCAUCCUCAGGGUCAAAGACAGGGAGGCCUUCCCCAUGGUGCUGGUGGCCAAUAAGGUGGACUUGGUUCACCUCCGCAAAAUCACCAGCGACCAGGGGCAGGAAAUGGCUGCCAAACACAAUAUCACAUACAUUGAGACAAGUGCCAAGGAUCCCCCUAUGAAUGUGGACAAGGCGUUCCAUGAACUAGUCAGGGUUAUAAGGCAGCAGAUCCCAGAGAGGAGCCUGAAGAAGAAGAAGAAGAUGAAGUGGCGAGGAGAACGAUCUGCGGGUUCUCACAAAGUCCACUGUGUCAUCUUGUGAUGGUGUCGCCGCUGCUAGCAAUGAUGUCAGAGAGAACUGCGCACUGGCAGUAACCAACAACUGGAGGGGGAAUUGGGGGAGAUAAGGAACUGACUGUUGACUGUUACGGUGUCAAAGAAAACCCCUCACUCCAAGGCAUGCCCAAGUGGGGUCUUACAGGGGCAUCAUUGCCUGCCCGCUUCCCCUGAUUGGUCAGAAAAAAGCACUCCAGGAAGAGCUCCUUAUAAACUGACUGAUUUACAGACAGUGCAGUGAUGAUGCUCUCCAUGGAGGUGGACAUCAAGGUAUUCUCGUGGGUGGGGAGAUGUGACGUUAGAUGUUGUUAGGGACCUAUGAUCUGAGUUUUUGUGUUGUGGUUGUAAGUUCUCCAUGGUGUUGAAUGUUAAAUUCUGAAACGAUAAAGAGGAUGAUUAUGAAGUAUAUUCUAUCUGCACUAGCCACAGGCAUAAGAGGAUUUGGCUUUGGGGUCCUGAAGAGAAGUGGGAGGAUGUGGCUGUUAGUACUUUUUAUUAAAAAAUUUCUGGUGGGGAAUCUGGCUUGUAGGUUGAGGGGAUCAGUUACUCCAAGCAACAAGAUGUUAGAUUUCUCUGUCUAAUAUGGAGUAUUUAAUACCUAUGAAAUGGCUUGUACUGUUAAAGCACUAAACAAAAAAAAGACUUUGGGGCUUGUUCAUCUGGGGUGUAUUCAUUAUGCCAAUUCUGUUGCAAACUCCAAACGGAAAACUUUUGCACGAAAACUACACUUUCUAUUGGACAAAUUCAGGUAGGUCCCUCCCUGUUUUGUUCCGUUUGGUCAGUUUGCUUCUGUUUUGGUUCUUAAAUGGUAAUGAUUUCCAUUGAAAAAUGUAAUGAAUACACACCUGGUUAGAAAUUUGCCCUUGAAUGAAGGAAGUACCUUUGCACUUUGAAUAGAUUUUGACUUUCAUAUCUGCAUGUGUUGAAAAAUUGCAAAUGAUGAAAGGGAAGACAUAAUAGAAAUUGACUGAAUGUGGAAAAACUGAGCUUAUCAUAAUUAUGUCAAUACCAUGUAGCCCAUUUGCUUGUCUCAUGUCGGUUGGACAGAACAGUUUAUACCAGUGGAGGCUGCUGAGGGGAGGACGGCUCAUAAUAAUGGCUGGAACGGUGCAAAUGGAAUGGCAUCAAACAGAUGGAAACCAUGUA